UGACUUGUCAGUAUUCCGUGAAGUGUUGUGCCGUGCUUGCGUGCGCUUCUCUUCCAGCUCGAGCCCGCGCACCGCCAGCCUUUCAAACUCCUUCAAACGCUUUCGAACGCUUUCGAACGCUUUCGAACGCUUUCAAACGGCUGGAAAAACGCCCUUAUUCCGCUCGCACCCUCAACGCGACAGACCUAUUCGUGGAAAACUGUGUCACGGGAAAUUGGAUCGCAGAUAUUCUGCUCGGGGUAUUAAAUCGUAAUUACUAUACUCGAUGGAAGGAUUUGGAAUUGUCGCCGUUGGAAAUUGAUGCUACUGACAAUGAGAACGAAUUUUUUCUAUCUGGGUCAAAUAAAAGGUUGAGGUUCUGUUUGGAUAAAGAUUGGAGGGUCAGAGGAAAACAAUACGAAGAGUAAUCUGGAGAUAUACAAGACUGACCAAUCGUACUAAUUGUAAUCAGCCGAGUCAAAAUAAUGACGAACAAUGGAAAGAUUUAUUGCUGGAUAUUGAUGCAAUUAGAAAUGAAACAAAAGGUUAAGGGUCAAUUUGAAUAGGCAAAGUCUCGAAGCUUGCUUGCAUCGAAAGGAGAACAAUGCGGCCAAGAGUCAUCUGGAAACUUACAGGAUUGAACAGAAACUUUGAGAAACUUCGUCAGAAACAGUAGCAAUUGUAAUUAUCUACGUUGAAAGAACGAAAGGCUCGGUGGAAGGAUUUAAAAUCGUAGUUAAUGGUAAUCGAUAUAACCUGGAAUGAAUUUUUCAAAUGUGGGUCAAAUAAAAAACCCAGUGGGAAGUGAAGAAUCAGUUUGGAGGCUUAUUUGCGUUCAGAGAAAAAAAGUACCGAUGAGAAGAGUUAGAUAGGAAGAUUCCUGCAAUUUGAAGACAAAGUUAGGAGAUGAGUCUUCCGGUGUACAUCAAAUUAGGGUUCGUUCCCUUUUAAAAUUCAGUCGAUGACAAUGUCAUCGAACAUAAGCAUUCCGGCGUGAUUCGAUUUCGUAUUCGUUUGAAUAGAAGUUUGGAGGCCGAUCCCUCUAAAGAUAGCAGUUCGAAGGUCUUCGCGAAAGAAUUUGGCUGAGCCAUUUUGGGAAGUUCGCGAGGGGAAUUAGGAAACGACACACAGGAGCCUUCGACAAAUUUUUCACGAUACAACAAAUUGUUUAAUGUUGUUUCAACGAACAACGCGAAAGUGUGCUUCAAUUUCGCGCGCAAAAAAUUGCGACGGAUAAAAACAUCUGUAACUCCAAGUGUGUUUUCGAAGAAACUACGUCUCCAUUGAUUAAUUGCACGUUUCGAGACUCUGCUAACUUGUCGAUCCGAGACGCCAUCAGAAAGAAAAGGGAAUCGUCAGAAGAAGAUAUUCAAAGAAGAAUGGACAUAUGGAAUAAAUUUAACCAAUCAUCGGGAGAAGAUUGAAGAAUACCGGAGCGACAGGAGUUUCUCGUACAAGAGGUCACGAUGGCAGUCGACAACCCCUCGUAUUUCUCGUUGUCGAGCGGUGCAGCGUCGUCGUCGACGACGCCGACGUCGACAACGAGCCUAGCCUUUUCACCGCCGUCUAAAGGGCCCUCUGGCCUGACGGCCCUUUUCCGAAGACGACCCUGUAAGAUGGGCACAACUUCGUCGGCGAGUGUACUCUCCACGUCGACGACCAGCACCCUGAUGCACCAGGAGAGUAAUCGGAGCAGUACGUCGGGUAAUUCGACGCCCUCGACGCCCACCGAAGAACGCGUCCCGAUGCUGCCUAGAAAUGGGAUGCCUCAUUGCGGAAACGGACCUCCUUCGAAUCAAAGAAGAAGCUUCAGGAACCUCUUCAGGUCUGUCAGCGCGAAUGCGGAUAACGAGAAGACUCAACAAUUCCUGAAAGGCGAUCCACGACCUUCCGAUGUCGCGCCACCUUCCCCGUAUCUACCUCAUAGGUCGCAUUCUCAUUCUGAAAACGACAGGAGACGACCAGGACGAAGUAGACCGGUGCUCAAGUCAGCCAGCGAACUUUUGUCCAACGAUAUGGUGUACUGUGGCUUGGCUAGGGACAGCCACGAUCAUAACAACGUCGAUGACAACGACCACGACGAGGACGACGACGACGACGACGACGACGAGGAUGAUCAGGACUCGAGCGAAGUAUUCGUGGGUGUCGACGAUGCUAGGUAUUACAACCUGUCAGCCACCCUGCCGGCCGCAGGCUCGGCAGCAGCAGGACGAAGGAGACACUCGAUCGGCACGUUUCUAGGCAAAGAUCGAGCUACCUCGACUAAAGAUAAUCAUGGAAGAAGGCAACCGCAAGGUUCAACAGUCCUUGUAGAACCUGACACGAUGGCACCACCUGUACCAGUUGACACAGUGGACGGUGUCCAUAUAGAGGACAGAGCAACGAGAUCCUGUAGUAGGACCAGGCGUAGACGUCAUCGUAGCUCCUCCAGCAGGGGGUCCCGUUCAGCGACCGGGUUGUCCAAGCUCGACUCUCAUCCCGAAGAUGACGUACUCUUCGUGUCUAGCAAAGAUAGUGAAAUUUCGAGUCUAUGGGUCAACUAUCUCACGGCUUGUUUCGAACAGAUCAGCAGACAGCAGGGCCGACCGCCUUUCAAAGUACGUCACCUCACAGUGGAAGAAUGUAUACCAGCCGGCGGUGAGGAGAGGAUUCGAUCUGCUCGUCUGCAGAUCGUUGUCGUGUGUCCAGUACUCCUGGAACGGAUACAAAGUCGUCCUGAACAAGCGACAAAUCUAUCCAGGCUACUGCUCCCAGACAAGGUCCUCGCGAUGAUGCUAGGUGUCCACGACAGCCACAUCAACGACAGUCACAAGUCCAUCCUGGUCUCGUAUAAUCAGUGGAGGAAAUUCUUCGUGAAGGAUCAGGAUGAGACUUUCGUCGGUGAAUUGUUAGGCGCGGCUGUUGGUAUCCUUGGCACCAGCCCGCCUCCUGCGUUGAGAAGCGACAAAACAGCCUUCUCUGUGCAUCCGAAAAAAGUUAAAUUGGGUCACAACAAAAUAAUCGCCUUGCUGAACGACCCGCUGCGACCGGAGGACACGGUAUCGGUGAUCGUCGAUCGGUGUGGCGAAGCGAUCGAUAUCGCUCAAGUGAAAAGGAGAAAUCCCUACGCCCUGCAGUUUUCCAUUCCAGAGAGAUGCCUAGACGUAUCGAUGUUGGUGGGCGUAAGGAUAUCUAAGAACGGUUGUCCGUUAGGUGUGAAGCAGGUCAAAUGUGAGAGUAGGCUGAGGGAACUUGAUCAGAUCCUACGAGCCAACGACAAUCCCUUACAAUUCAUGUGUCAGACAUUUGGCUUCAAUCCGGGUGAUCGCGAGCAGCUGGACAACUGGAUGGUCCAUGCGUUCCAACGAAACGUCCCACCGCAUUUUAAUCUUCUAUCUGCGCCCACUGGCGUGGUUUCCAAUCAAAGAGUCCACUCCAGCCCCGAAGAUAACCCAACGUUGUUGCAUUUUGCUGCUCGUUUUGGCCUGGAGAGAUUAGCCUGGCAACUGCUCGAGUGUCCAGGUGGCGAUUUAGCCUGCGAUUUGAGGAACGUCUCAGAAUUGACCCCUGCGGAUCUCGCAGAACAGUCGGGACACGCGAGACUGGCGCAUCAGCUUCGUGGCUACAUGCAAAUGAACGAGUUCACCAACAUGUACAGCUACCUGAAAGUGAUCAGUGAGACGACGACAGACCAAGCAGCAAGUGCGGACCCAUCAACGACUAACCCAACGAACGACACCAACAACGACAAAGAAGAUUAUUGUCGUCCACGACCUUUGAGCGAAGCUUAUUCGGUACCACCAGCCGCAAGACCGAUAACAUCUUUAAUCUUACCAGGACAAUUACCAGUAACCCCCAGCCCAAACGCUAGUAAUCCCCUAGAAGCAAAUUACUCGAUUGUCCCAGCUCCAACCCCCGUCGUCGUCAGUCCAUCGACGCCGACACCGACGACGACCAUUGCGAAUGGCCUUGAACUACCUCUUCAAGGUUAUAUGAAAAUGCAUCCAGCUGGGUCCAAAACGCCCACGUCGAAUGUAGCGAGUCAACAACCAUCUCGUACAGCGACGCCCACGCAAAAUCGUCCAGAUUCUCACUCCCUGAAUACUCGAGAGGAAAACAGUCAAUCUUCGUGCUAUUAUGGCAGAGCAGCCUCGAAUUUCAGCACGAAGUCGAGGGAACCUUCCGGUCCUCAGGACGAGCUUCUUGAGAUUAUAAACGACUUCAAAAACAAUGUGUUCACGAUCACCGAGGUGGAGAGACUGGUAGAGAACUGGAGGAACCGCAACGACGUUCAACAAAGCUUCAAAGAUAAACAGAGACAAUUGAACGCGAUGAGGGAAGAAUAUGAAAGGAUACAAAAGAAACUGAAGGAAGAGAUGAAAGCCCCUACGCCUUUUGAUAGGAUUCGAAAAUUCUUUUCUAAAGGAAAGAAAGAUUCAAAAGAUUCUGCAAAUGGAAGCGAUGAUUCGUCUUUAGCUACCAAAACGGAAAAUGUUAAUGGUGGAUUAGCAGAUCGCAGACCAGUUAGCAGUUUGAGUCUUCGUAGCGUUUCGAGCUCGUCUUCGUCUGGUAGAAUGAGUACUGCCAGUGGGUGCAGUGGAACCAGUCUAGGCGACAGUGGAACUCAUUCUGAUACCGAAGAUCGAAGACUUCAAAAUGCCAGAGAAGACAAGGGUGGUAUAAUGUCGUACGAAAUACCACCUGCUCCAAAACCCUUCACCGGAAGAUAUUCACCUGCUCUCAGGUACUCUCCAUCCCCUCGAUCCUCGACCGGCAACGAUCUUGACCUUAGACCGUCGCACCCCCCGUCAAGAAUAGAAGACAAUGAGUAUUACAUCGCCUUUCCACCCUCAGGAUUACCUAUUCACUCUUUCAAAACAGACGGUUCUCUGAAGGAACCGAAAACACCAAGCUCCCCCUGUGACCACCCAAGGUAUCUAGACAUGAUCCAAAACUCAUCUCCAGCGACGGACAAUCCAGAGUCAGAAAUCCCUAAACACCCUGGGAACAGUUACGCGAAUAUCGAGCCAUCCACGUUGAACUCGGCACCUGUGCCCCCUCCAGGCAUGUGCAUUCCCACGAAUUACAUGAACGUGGUGCCAGCAUCCGUUACCACGUUCCAGGAACCCGUUCAAGAACAGCAGACCGAGCAGAACCACUCACCAGACUCGGGUCACGCUUCUGAAUCAUCGAAAAAGUCGUCCAAGGUGGAGACCCCCACUCGGCCAGAACAAGAAAAGGUCAUUCAUGGUCAGGGUCAACACAUGGACGACGUUCGAGGUAAAGGAAACGAAGAAUACGUGGAAACAGAUUCCGUGAAUGGUUUAGAAGGCGUAGAUGUACCGGAUUCUUGCAAAAUGCCGGAAUAUAUGAAUGUGGAGGUGUCUCAGGAUCUCAAGGCUGGCGGUGUUAAAAAGACACCAGCACCUCCUGUACCACCACGAGCCUCCACAAAGAAGUAGAAGAAAAGCUACAAAUACAAUUUCUUUUUUUUUUUUUAAUCUUAGCUGGCUCGAUCGUUCAAAGAAAGUGCCCUCGACGACUGUUUUCCAUAUAAGUAGUAUUCAAGUGUCGUUUGAAGCAGUCAAACAGCGUAAAUAUUCUUCAUAAUCGUAGUAUUAGUAGCAUAUUUAAAUGUACAUCAUUCGUGUCGCUUAAAGAAACAUGAAUAUCGUAGUCCUCUCUUUUUACUUGAAUACUCGAUGAGAAGUGACUUAAUCUGUAGAGAAUUGUUUUUUUAUGUUAAUACGCGGAUACUUGUGUUAGUACUAGAGUACACUUCCACUCCUUAUUGUAUUUUAAAAUUGCCUCGAAUGCAAAAAUAAGAAGGUUCAAGGAUUCUUGAUUCUUUAUUUAAAAUUUUUAUUGUUUUUAAUUCAUACAUUAUUCCCAUUUUAUAUCGUCUUGCUACAAUAAAAUUUUAAUUUAGAUCAUCUGAACUGAUAACGCAUUCGAGGCUCUUUAAUUACGCCACUAAGUUGUAUAUUAAUUAAAUAAUGCUCGAAUCUCGAGCUAAUGAAAAAUACAAUGCUAGCGAGCGCCAAAUCAAAGUUUCAUCGUUUGGCAAAAUGCCAACGCAACAAAAAAUAUGUACAUAUUAUUGUCUACUCUGAUUUUUAUAAUUAUUGUAAUCCAUUAAUCGCAUUCUUAAUCCAAUUUAGCGAUACUAUUAUUAUUAAUGAAAAAAAAAA